UCUGAAGAUCAAUUGCGAGCUCGCUACAGAGCUUAAAACUUGACACAAGCUCGCCGCGGGCUGGAUGGUUCGGAGGCUGAGAAUAAAUUGUCCAGCAGGCAUCCACUGAUCCCCCUGGGCUGGUGUGUGCGACUCGCGGCGACGAGCAGCCAAGUCAUGAUCAAAUAAUGCUUGCAUUUGCUAUGCACGUUGAUUGAGAGAACAGUCGGGGGGUCCCCUCCAACCAUAGACUUCUUGUAAUGGUGCCUAGCAAUGUGACCUGCCCACAGUCUAUGUGUAACCCCAUGGUUGUUUAGCAACAAAAGUAACAGCAGCUGCUCUGCUUCUUCAAAUCCCUAAUUUCUUUUCACGAGCGCGGACGUGUUUUCGUCGCCGCAAUUGAAUUUGAGCCAUGAACACCUACAGCUGCGACCUGCCCAAAUCGGCCUUUCUAUUACUUAUUUUAUUCAACUGGACAUCAGACGUGAAUGGUAUUAAAUGUUUUGUUUGCAACUCAAUGAGAGAUGCUGAAUGCACCGACCUGCGAGGAUACCAUUUAAGAAGUGGAAAUGACUCUAGCGAAACAAAUUUGUUGAGCCAACUCACAGAAGAAAAGGAAAAUGUGAAUUUAGCGCUUAGUUAUCUCAAAGAGUGCGAAGAUGGUGUUGGUGGCAAGGAGUCUUUCUGCAGGAAGACGGAUCAAUAUAUUCAUGUUCGGCGUAUGAGAGUGGUAGUGAGGUCAUGCGGCUGGUCAAAACACGAUCGUGGUUGCUACUGGAGUGACAACAAUGCGCGCACUGAGCAUGUCUGCCAGUGCUUUGACGAUGGAUGCAAUAGCGCUCCUGGUGGAGCCCAAAUUAUGUUCCUGUUCGCCGUCACCGCUUUUGGUGUUCUCUUUGUGGUGCGAUAAGUGAGAAAUGGGAGGACAAGUUGUGUGUUUAAGGAUUUUUUUAACUAUCUUCACGAUGUGUUCCAUUGUUGUAAUUUUUGGAAAACUAACUCCAAGCAGCUAAGCUAAGAUGUUUUUAGUGGUUAAAUCGUGCAAUUUUGCAAUUAAAGGGCGAACUAAGACUGA